AUGAAGAUACAAAUAGAGGGUUCAACAUUGGUAGAUUCAUUGCCAUACAUAGAUGCACCUUUAACAGAUCAGGAACAGUCAGUUAUCAAUGAAUUGAUUCGAGAAGAGAUGUCUAGGUUUGAACCUCCUGACUACUUGGCCCAACUACCAGCUGCACAUAGUUUUGAUUACAAUAGCUUUAACUUUCUAGAGAAUGAAAUGAAUAGAAUACAAGAGAACAAGACAAUGGAGCAAUUCAACCUUACCAGAUAUAAAGUGGAGAAACCACCAGCAUCAAUGAAGCAUGAUGUUGACGCGUGGCAGAGCGCAGUGGACAAUGCAAAGGCACAGUGCGAACAUCAAGAGACAAGGAGGACAAACCUACAACUUCUGCAGAGAUACGGCGUUAAUGCAUGGAAAAAGUACCUGGAAGACUAUCAACGUCUAUACAAAUCACUCAAGGCGCACCACGAUGAAAAUGUACGAAUGAUGGAGCAGAUUAAUGUCAACAGAAAGUUGGACCAAGAGACAGUACAGACAAAGAUAGAGUCAAACCAGCGCAAAUGGUACGAGUUGGUGCAUAAGAACAAAGAGAUUGAGCAAGAAUGUUUGCGAUUGGAGAUUGCCAUUGAGAAACUGCAACUGGAAAAGGAGCAAUUUGAUAACAAGUGA